GCUAUACCAACCGCAAAGUGCACGGAAGAUCUCAGAGGAGCAUAUCUUCGAUUUUGCAUGGAUUUGUGUUUUGCUCUGCGCUCUUGGCAUCUCUGCGUAAAAGACUGAUCCUAUUGCCGAGGGGGGAAAAAAGGCGCUGGCGCUGCGCCACGAUCUGGCAAGUGCGCCUCCCUUCACCGCUGUUUGGCUUAUUCAUAGUUAGGGGUUUGGGUUUGGCUGUUUUUAAAAAGGCAAGCACUGCUGUGAAGUUGAUCAGUCCGCUCAGAAAACUUCCAGAGGGGAAAGUGUUUUGGAAACGGAAAGUCCAGAAUUUCAGUGCGCAACAACUUGUGCAUAAACUGGACUAUUGGAGAAUACCCAAGUGAAUCUUUUUUAAAAAUAUAUAUUUAUAUAAAAAUCCACCGGAUUCUUUUUCAUCAUCAUCAUCAACAUCAUCAUCAUCGUUAUCAUCAUCAUACUUUUUUAAAGAGACUAUUUUUAUUUUCUCAUUUUUAACACCCCAACCUGUGUUUUCACUUUGCAUGCGGACUUUAAAUCGAAUCUAAGCCAGACGUCCAUGCGCUCUCAUAUCUAGUUCUUGCUUCUUUUUUCCAUCGGACCUCAUUCACUUUGACACGCAGUAUGGCUCUUCUUGUGCUGGGUACAUUUCUCACGGUUUUAUCCAUCAGCGGAGGCUCUUAUGUGCCGUGCGAGCCGUGCGAUCAGAAAGCGCUCUCCAUGUGUCCUCCGGUCCCGGUGGGUUGUCAGCUAGUGAAGGAGCCCGGCUGCGGCUGCUGCUAUACUUGCGCUCUGGCGGAGGGACAGGCGUGCGGGGUGUACACCGGUACAUGCACACACGGGCUGCGCUGCCUGCCGCGCAACGGCGAGGAGAAGCCGCUUCACGCCCUGCUGCACGGCAGGGGAGUGUGUACGAACGAGAAGGGAUACAAACCACCGCAUCCACCCAUUGAUCGUGAAUCAAUAGAGCAUGAUGAUACAGUGAAGCCAGACACGACUGAAGACCAGAUUCCUAAAAUUCCCCUUUACCCCAAACCAGACGUAAUCAACACCAAGAAGCAUGCUGCCGUGCGCAAGGACAAGAAGAAACAACAGGAGAAGCUUCGGUCACUGGGGUCGUUGGACUACUCUCCCCUUCCCAUCGACAAGCACGAGCCUGAAUUUGGUCCGUGCAGGAGGAAGCUGGAUGGAAUCAUUCAAAGUAUGAAAGACACCUCGCGCGUCAUGGCUCUUUCUCUCUACCUGCCUAACUGUGACAGGAAGGGAUUCUUCAAGCGCAAACAGUGCAAGCCUUCCCGUGGCCGGAAACGAGGUAUCUGCUGGUGCGUGGACAAAUACGGCGUGCAGCUGCCCGGCACCGACUACAGUGGCGGAAACAUCCAGUGCAAGGAUUUGGAGAACAGCAACAACAACGAGUGAGAAUCAACCCACUCUGAUCACCAGACCUAGGGCCCACCUCCUUGUCCUGUACCACCAGUCUACCCGCCAGUCACUUUGAGAUUCUGAUGCAAAAACGACAAAGAAUUACAACAGCUAUUACAAAUAUGAACAAUCAGACAAAAAAAAAAGUGAGAUAACAGGAAUCGUUUUAAGAGAGCGCUCAUCUCUAUCUCACUGGACUCAGCCAAUCAGAGGAGCCCCCUACUAUAGCUGAGUCCCAUCAACAAAAGAAAUUGUCAAAAAAAUAUAUACGUACAAUUAUAUAUUUUUAUAGAAGCUGGAGUUUGAGCACCAUACUGUUUUUGUUUAAAGUUAACAUAAAAUACCAAAAUAUAUAUAUAAAGAAUAUAUGGCAUGUUGAAUAUUAA